AUGUAUCACGCAUCCAUCGCCCUGGGUGCGCUUGAUCUGAGCAGGGAGAUGCUGCUGACUACACCUCUGCAGAAGAAAGACGCGGUUGUGGGAGCAUUAACGGCCUACCACAUCUCGGUCGCCAAAUUGAAAACCGAGAUCCUGAUGCAUGAUAUGACUGGAGAAGGCUGGGUGAAGCAUUUCCUGUACGGCACAUCCAGUAUGCUCCAGAUUCGCGGUCCAAAAGCCCAUGUAGCUGGCUCCGGGCGGGUAUGGGACCUGCUCAAACCGGGCUCCAAUUAUCCGACCAUGCUCCUUCACGAGGCCCUUCUUGAUCUUGCUGCUGAAGGCUUCGUUGUCCGGUCAGCUCUUAGUGAUUGGUAUGCGACUUUCCAAAAGUGGUCGGCCGAUACUAGUACGCCCGCACACAAUCCCCAGUCCCUUCUCGCAACAAUAUAUUUUCACGGCAUCUCCAUCUACUUGUCUGGGAUCUUCGACUACCGCGCUCAAUUCAGCGAAAUACCCACCCCCACGAUCUCACGGACUGUCGUCCAGACACACGUCGAUGCGAUUCUACGGAUGACUCAGAUCGCUCUGAAGACCACAAAUCUGGCGGCUGUGUUGUUUUUCUUCCCAUUGAGAGUAGCAGGCGCAAGAGUAACAGCCGCUCCAGAGACGGAGUCAAUUCGUGCGAUGUUUCGAGACAUUUCGAAAAGGGGGUUCGUCGUUGCAGAUGCAUUUAUGACGGAUCUAAAGUCGCUAUGGCGCCGAAAAGGAAUAUAG